AUGACGCGCCCAACCCCCAUGGUUGAUGCCCUUCGAUCACGAAUCUCUCACGCCCUCAGCCGUUGCGGUCAUAUCGACCGGCCUCCAUACGCGGCGAACUCCGUACAAAUCUACUGUCACCACCAGACGCCAGAGCAAUCACCGAAAGUUGGACACUCUCAAUAUCUUCAACAACAUCAGAUAAAGUCCUUUUUGGUGGAGUCAGACUUGAAUUUCCUACAUCAUGGUCAUAAUCGGCACCAGCGGAUAAAGGUUCCUGCUGGUAAUAUGGAUAUAAUAUAUCAGCAUUAG